GGAAUCCUAUUGGCCCAGGGGUGCGGCUUGUCCUCUCCCGGUGCUCUCAUUGGCCGAGCGCGGCCGUUGGGGGUGAGGCCGCGUCGGGGGAGGACAACAAAGGGCCGCGGGCGGCGGGCAGUGGUGUCCCAGUCUCCCGGUGCUUCCCUCAGGCUGAGGCGCCCGGCCUCCCGCCCGCCGCGCUCCAGAUGAAGUGUGAGCACUGCACGCGCAAGGAAUGUAGUAAGAAAACAAAAACUGAGGACCAAGAGAAUGUGUCAGCCGAUGCACCGAGUCUAGCCCAGGAAAAUGGAGAGAAGGGAGAAUUCCACAAGUUGGCUGAUGCCAAGAUAUUUUUGAGCGACUGCCUGGCAUGUGACAGCUGUGUGACUGCAGAGGAGGGAGUCCAACUUUCCCAGCAAAAUGCCAAGGACUUCUUCCGCGUUCUGAACCUUAACAAGAAAUGUGAUACCUCAAAGCACAAAGUGCUGGUAGUGUCUGUGUGUCCUCAAUCUUUGCCUUAUUUUGCUGCUAAAUUCAACCUCAGUGUAACUGAUGCAUCCAGAAGACUCUGUGGUUUCCUCAAAAGUCUUGGGGUGCACUAUGUAUUUGAUACGACGAUAGCUGCGGAUUUUAGUAUCCUGGAGAGUCAAAAAGAAUUCGUGCGUCGCUAUCGCCAGCACAGUGAGGAGGAACGCACCCUGCCCAUGCUGACCUCUGCCUGUCCUGGCUGGGUCCGAUACGCCGAGCGGGUGCUGGGUCGCCCCAUCACUGCCCACCUCUGCACCGCCAAGUCCCCCCAGCAGGUCAUGGGCUCUUUGGUGAAGGAUUAUUUCGCCAGACAGCAGAACCUGUCUCCAGAGAAGAUUUUCCACGUCAUUGUGGCCCCUUGUUAUGACAAGAAGCUGGAGGCUCUUCAGGAAAGCCUUCCCCCUGCUUUGCAUGGCUCCCGGGGCGCUGACUGCGUGUUAACAUCAGGUGAAAUUGCUCAAAUAAUGGAGCAAGGUGACCUCUCAGUGAGAGAUGCUGCCGUCGACACUCUGUUUGGAGACUUGAAGGAGGACAAGGUGACGCGCCAUGAUGGAGCCAGCUCGGACGGGCACCUGGCACACAUCUUCAGACACGCGGCCAAGGAGCUGUUCAACGAGGAUGUGGAGGAGGUCACUUACCGAGCCCUGAGAAACAAAGACUUCCAAGAGGUCACCCUUGAGAAGAACGGAGAGGUGGUGUUACGCUUUGCUGCAGCCUAUGGCUUUCGAAACAUCCAGAACAUGAUCCUGAAGCUUAAGAAGGGCAAGUUCCCAUUCCACUUUGUGGAGGUCCUCGCCUGUGCUGGAGGAUGCUUAAAUGGCAGAGGCCAAGCCCAGACUCCAGACGGACAUGCGGAUAAGGCCCUGCUGCGGCAGAUGGAAGGCAUUUACGCUGACAUCCCUGUGCGGCGUCCGGAGUCCAGUGCACACGUGCAGGAGCUGUACCAGGAGUGGCUGGAGGGGAUCAACUCCCCCAAGGCCCGAGAGGUGCUGCAUACCACGUACCAGAGCCAGGAGCAUGGCGCACACAGCCUGGACAUCAAGUGGUGAAGUCAGGCCAGGGCCUUCCAGCUGCUCUUGGGGCCAGAGCCAAGAGCCUCUCAGUAGAGGGAGGGGCUGUCCUGAGUGGAGUAUUAAAGACACUUAAGAAAACA